ACUUUCUUCGGACUGUUUUCCGUAGGCGUUCACUUUGUUGCGGAAGGUAUUUUUGUUACAAAAUAUUGAAUAUUUAGUAAUUAAACUAUCAUAUUUUGAUUUAUUUAACAUAUCUCGCUUUAUUUAAAGUAUUUUUAAAAUAAUUCAUUGAUAGUAUGUGAUGAUGAGUAAUGAACAAGCGACGUUUAUUGAUUUACCUUAUUGAUUGACAUAUACGAACGAGUCAUGACUACCUGAUGUAUUUUGUAUUUGUUAAUUUUUGCUAGAACGAUAAACCAAGAGGUGUAAUUUUACUCAAGACAUAAAUUUUACUCAUUUUUUCAGUUUUGAUACCUCUGUUAGUUCAACAUGUCAGUUUUAUACUCGUGUAUUGCUAGAGGAGAUAUUAUUUUGUGCCAAGAAUGCAAAGAAGGCAGUUCUGUGACUUAUGAAAAUAAACUUCGCAGUAUCCUACCAAAAUUACAAGCUAAAGAUGCUAAAACAUCUUACGAAUCAAAUGGAUUUAUGUACCAUUUGAUGCUAAAGGAUGAUUUAGCCUACGUUGCUGUAACUGAUCCAAGCGUAGGUAAAUUAAUGCCUCACACAUUCCUUGGAAAGAUCCAUGAAGAAUUUAGUCAGACUAGUCUUGUUCAGAGAGCUGCUUUUGCCUCACCGUAUGAAUUUAAUAUGGAUUUUUCACCAUGUCUAGCUGCAGAAAUGAGACGAGCAACGGAAAACGGAUAUGGACAUAUAGCAAACUUGAACAAUCAAGUAAACGAAGUAAAAGGUAUAAUGACUCAAAACAUUGAAAGUGUCCUUCGAAGAGGAGAAAAUUUAGAGGACCUUGAAGACAGAACAACUGCACUAGAGGAUACGAGCAGAGUUUUUCAACAAACGGCCAAACAGGUUAGGAGAAAAUAUUGGUGGCAGAAUAUGAAAAUGCGAAUCAUUUUGGUUCUGGUUGUCUUAGCUGUCAUUGCUGUUAUUGUUAUAAUCAUUUGCGCAUCGACUGGUGUAUUUUCAAAAAAAUCCUCGUCGCCUAAAACAACUGUAAAACCAUCAUCUAAUCCUUGA